AUGAGUGCGACGGAGGAGGCAGCCCCUACGCAGACUGAACAAGCCGCUAAGCCGCCGGCUGCGGAGACUUCGGAAAAGCCUGAAGAGAAAGUCAAUGGCAGCGAGAAGGUAGAAGAGGCCCCGAAAGAGGUCGAGGAAACCAUCGAGAAAAAGAUCCUGACUCCCGAGACGACUCCAGUCAAGGAGGCUGCAAAGGAAGUUGAAAUCCCGAAGAAUGAGCCGCAAGCCGCGGCUUCUGAAGAGAAGGUUGACGAGACCCCCAAGGAGCCAACACCCAAGCCCGAAGAUCAGUGGGAGGUAAUCGAGGCCGAGGAAGUGGAGAAGGCGAAGGAGGCUGAGGCUGCCCAGAAAGAGAAAGAGAAGGAAAAGCCAGCUGAGAAGGAAGAAAAGAAGGAAGAGAAAAAGGAGGAGACUAAGGAAACCCCUGCCAAGACACUGCCAAAAUGGAUGGUGCAGGAUGCUGAUGAGGAGAUGCCAGAAGAGCCUGAAGAAGAGAAGAAGGAUGCACCGGCAGCUGCAACUCCUGGACGUGGUAGAGGAAGAGGCCGUGGUCGUGGACGUGGAGCCAGAACUCCAGCUGCUCCACCACCAGUCGCUGCUGACGGAUCGGUCGAAGGCCCGGCUGGUAGACCGAGACGUUCGACGGCUUCGAGGAGAAUCGACUACGCCAACCCGGAUACUUCGACAGUGUUGGCUGAAGUUGACGAUGAAGUUCCUGGCGGUCUAUUCAAGCGUCGUUCAUCUGCUGGAGGUGCUCGUGGAGGUCGUGGUCGUGGUGGACGUGGUAGAGGACGAGCUAGCCGUACCAAGGGAUCUGAUGAGGAUUCGGAUGAGCCUCAAGAGCCGGAGUCGGAUGAUGACUACAAGGGAGCCGCUGCGGCGAAAUCUCCUCGCGGAGGUAGGGGCCGAGGCCGUGGACGUGGGCGCGGACGCGGUGCUGGCGGACGCGGACGCGGAAGAGGCCGCGGUGCCGCUGCUGGUGGAAAGAAGAAGGAUGGAUCGGAAAGUGAUGGAAGCGUUGAGGGACUAGAUGAUGGUAACAGUGAUGCCGAUGAUAACCACGAGGAGACAGAGGAGGUGCUGCCCCAGAAGAAACGCGCUGCUUCCCCUACCACCAGCCCGAAGAGCAAACGGGCUAGAGGUGCCGCUGCUGCUGAAGAGGCUAAGGAUGAA